AUGUCAGGUCACACAUCUCAGUCGGCAACCACCAUGACGUCUCCAAGUAGCAGAACCUCGGUGACGACCACUACACCGAGCACUCAGAGUUCAGUAUUUACUUCAGAGACAACUAAAUCAGUGCAGACCACAGUAAGUUCUUUGAGUACGUCACAUGUGAAUGAAAAUGCAUCUUACUCUGUCAGUACAGCAACAGAAUCAGUGGACAGAGCCACACACGGGUUGGACCUCAACACAUCUGAAAAGAGCAUGACAAUAAUCUUCAGCGCUGUGCUGGGGGUGUUUGCACUGGGGAUAGUGACAAUUAUGUUACACAAAUGCAAACAUAAAGUCCAAUACUUGCACCAGCCAAUUCACAGUUCAGAGGAAGCAGAUGAAUUUGUGGCUGGCGAAGACACGCUUGUUAUUUCCGGAGGACUCUACGAUGGCCAUCCAAUCUACGAUCGCCUUCCACCAGAUCCUCCCAACCAGUCACAAGUUUGUCUCGAGUUUUUUCGCUAA